CUUUUUUUUUUUCUCCUGUAAUGUAGGCAUUCUAGGAUAACAAGUACAUGAUAUGUCAUGUUUUCUGAAAUGUUAAUACUGAGUUUCAGUGAUUUCAGUUGAAUGGACUGUUGUAGUACUGUUGGAUUAUACUACUACUGUACUACUAUUAGUUUUUGUGGCAAUAGCAAGGUAAAUUCUUGUCAUUUUUUUAGACUGUAAGAAGAAGUUAAUUUAUUUGUAGUUUCUUUCAAUAGCUGCUAAUGUUGCGACUAAGGCUUUGAAACUCCUACCCAUGGAACUUUGCCUUUGUCUGGACUCAAAAAUUUUAAGACCUAAAGGAAGAUGUCCUUUUUCCCUAAAAUUGCUUUCCUAUAUGAAGUUGAAGAGUAUCUCACCAAAGUGUUCAGAAAUAAUGAGCUUAUCACUGCUUUAGGUACACAGGAGGCCGAGAAUAAAUACCAAUCUCUGUUAAGUCAUCUAUCUCAUCCACCAGCUUUCACAACUGUAAGAGUAAAUACCCACUUGGCCUCAGUGAAACAUGUGAAAAAGUUGCUGUUUGAAGAAAUCCAGAAGCAAUUUAAAGGACUAUGUGUUCCAGUUCUCGAGCACCCAAAACUUCAGGACAUUUUAUUAAUUCCUGUUAUUGGACCCAGGCGAGAUUUAAAAAAAUAUUCAUCUGAAGUCAUAGUUGGAGCCCAGUGUGGAUAUGCAGUACUUCGAGGAGCACACGUUUAUGUCCCUGGAAUUGUGUCCACCUCAAGAUUUGUGAAAGCAGGAGAUCUGGUUUCAGUGUAUUCAGAUAUUGAAGGGAAGUGCAAGAGAGGAGCCAAAGAAUUUGAUGGAGUCAAAGUUUUCCUCGGAAACGGGAUUUCAGAACUCAGUCGCAGUGAAAUCUUCAGUUCAAGUGGCCCACUGAAGGGCCUGGGUGUAAGAAUGACAGAGCCAGUCUACCUCAGUCCUUCAUUUGACAAUGUGCUCCCUAGUCAUUUGUUUUUACAGAAUUUACCUUCUGUGGUUGUGAGCCACGUUUUAAACCCUCAACCAGGGGAGAGAAUUUUGGAUAUGUGUGCUGCACCUGGAGGAAAAACAACCCAUCUUGCAACAUUGAUGCAUGACCAGGGUGAAGUAAUAGCCAUGGACAAGAUAGCUAACAAGGUCAAGAAAAUCAAGCAGAAUGCUGAAUUGCUACAGUUGAAUUGCAUUAAGGCCUUUUACUUUGAUGGGAUAAAGGCCCUUUCAGUUGAGAAGAGAGAGGAUAAACAAGAAGGGCCUCCAUUCUUACCAGAGUCAUUUGAUCGAAUUCUUCUUGAUGCUCCAUGUAGUGGGAUGGGACAGAGACCAAACAUGGCUUAUUCCUCAACUUUAAAGGAAGUGACCUCAUACCAGCCACUCCAGCGCAAGCUUUUCACUGUGGCAGUAAAGCUGCUGAAGCCAGGAGGUGUUUUAGUAUAUAGUACAUGUACAAUUACACUUUCUGAAAAUGAGGAGCAAGUUGCUUGGGCCCUGAAAACUUUUCCAUGCCUCCAGCUUCAUCCACAGGAACCUCACAUUGGAGGAGAAGGCAUGAAGGGAGCUGGACUAUCACUUGAUCAGUUGAAGCUACUGCAGAGAUUUGAUCCAUCUGCUAUGACAUUGCAAGGAAUGGAUAUUAAUUCUUUGCAAGAUUCUAGAGAAGAUGACCUGAUUUCAUUGGCAAAUAAGGACUGUAUAGGAUUUUUCAUUGCAAAAUUUAUUAAAUUGAACAGUAAAUAAGGAUUUGGGAAUGCAACCUGAAAAAAUACCUCAGUGAGUCUAAGAACAGUUCAGACGUGAAGUGCCUUUCUUUCUUCCUGCUGCAAUGUUACCAAGCCAACGGGCUGACGGCAGGGUUGCUAUGGCAGCACUAAAAUCUGCCAGCUGUUCUGAUGGGAAAGAGCCACAGGUUGCAGCAGAAAAGUCAUGGUUGGGGGAAGGGUAGUAUCAUUUCUAACUCUCCUUCUGCUUUUGUAUUUACAGCAGGUCAGUGCCUGAAUGGCAACUCCGUUCACUCAUACUGCUGUCUGCUCUGGUUUCCCCUUAUCUGCGGCAAGCGUAGGAAGGGGAUGCAAGCUACGAAAUGCAAACAUAAAUAAAAUAGAUGGGAAUUAUUACAAUGAAUUUUGGAAAGGGUCGUUUCUGUGGAGGUUUACCAAUAGUUAGUUUCCUUAAAUAGUUCUUCUCAAAACACUGCAAUAUUUUACAAAGAACUGUUUUAUAAAUUGAUACUUAGAACCUCAUUUCUCUUUUAUUUUAAUACAAGCAAGAUUCUCUGUACACAUAGUAUAUACACAAAAUACGAUUAGGCUUUGUAGCAUGUCUUUUAUAGCAGCAUGAAUAUAUUAAACCAUCUCACUCUGGGAAUGUAAAUAAAUAUUGUUUCAACAUCAAACUUCCCAUGCAUAAACUGUAUUGGUUCUGAAAUAGCCUAUUGGACUGGCUGACAAGUGACAGUUUUAAAAUCAAACAUUUGUAACAGAAGGGGCUACAGUUAUGAUUAAUAUAUCAAAAGACAGAAAACAAUGCAUAAUACCAUCUUAAAUGUUGCAAAUCACCUUUCAAACAACUAAGGAUAUUAACUCUUUAUUGGUUAGAAAGCAUCACCAGCUAAAAUCAUGUGAAAAUUGAAACUGGGGAAGCAUGCUAAUGGAAACUGCUUUAGUACAUUGCUCAAAGUUUAAAUAACCUAAAUUUCUUAAAGAUGUUAGAUGUAUUUGAAAAUUCUGCUUCAGUUCCAGUUUGAACAAUAUUCUCAGUCCUGCUGGAACUGACAAUAGCACUAAAAUUGAAGGAAAGCUAAGGACAAUGGAAAAAUAGAAACUGACAUCUGUGUGUGUUUGGUGUUUUCCCCUCACUCAUCAAUUUCCAGUUUUAAAAAGGAUUAUCUGAAAAAUAUCUGUCUUCUCACACGUAACUAUUUGAUUGGAUUAAAAAGAGAAAUAGUUCUUUUAUCAUUUUUUUUCUACUGUCAGAAGUGCUUUUAGUAUUUGCUCACAAUCAAAACAAUCUAUAGAAUUCUCUUUCUCGGUAGUUUGUUUACUUACAUUUUCCAUAAAUGUUUUGAUACCGUAUGUUUUCUACUGCUCUUGAAUAAAACCCAAAUGUUUCUUCUGUCCUGCCAAGGUUGACUAGUGCAAGUACUAGUACAAGCCUAGCAAGUAUAGUAAGGCCUAUACUAGCAGGACAGGAAAAUGGAAUUCUUGUCUACUACUUCUCUACUUCUGUAGGUCAUUCCUUGCCAUUAAACACACCUUGUCUAAAGAAGAUUUAAAGUAAUUUUGUUUCAUCAGUAGUAGGUGAGAUAUCCUAUUUAGUAUCAUGAAAGUUCAUACUGUAAUCUUUCUAGUCUAAGUAUGGUGAAAAUAUUACCUGGGAACAAAAGGUAUUAAUCCUUUACUGUAAGAACGUGUUGAAAUCUUUAACUCAGUGCUAGUAAAAAAGCAUUUUCUUUUUUGCAGAAUAUAGAAAUUUUGUAAACAUUAAUCAGCACACAUAAACUAUAUACUGAAGUUUGUGUAUUCAUAUAAAGGAACUUUACCUCCAGUUUCAGUAGCAGGAUUUGUGCAAUGCUGAAUUUGAAAGAAUUAAGAUUGCUGAAUUUUUAGUGGAAUAUUUGUUGAAACUUCCUCCACUUUCUUUAAUUUUGGAUGAUAGGCUUUUUAAGGAGGUGACCUCACUUGAUGUAAUAGGAGAAGUUUCUUGGGGGUGGGAAGACAAUGUAACUAAUUUGUAGUUAAUUCCAGUGUCACUGCAGAGCAGACUUCACCUGAAAAAAAUUACUGAUAUAUAACUUUAGCUAUUAGGGUUGUUUCUGUAAAUUCAAAUGCUAGCCUUAGAAGAGCACUCAGCAUCUCGAAGGGAUUGGCCUCAGCUGCUUCCCCAAGGGCCCUGUCUCUGUUGGUAAAGAGGGAGUGACUUCUCCAUCAGGCAGGUCAGAACAGAAACUCAAUAAAGAUGCUCCAUCCCUUGAAGGAGCCAGCAUCCUUCCUCUCACCACAGGUGUGGCUAAGUUGGAUGACUCAAGUUGGAUGGAUGCCCUUUUUCUUCUUUUCCAAUCUUACCGUGACUUUAACUAGAAGCGGUAGGAAUACUUUCUCCUUGGCAGUUCUGAUGGAUGGAGUACAUAUGUUUUAAACAUAUCAUAUGAUUACUUUCCUGAUAAUCUUUACACACUGAAUCAUUGUGCUUCACCAGUUGAUGCUGAAGCACAAUGGAAUAUAUUUAUAUAUAUUUUAUAUAUAUAUAUGUGAUAUUUAUAUAUUAAAUUUAAAAAGUUAUUGUCAUUAUAAUGAAAGAUUAAACCUACAAAAUAGAUAAUUAGGCAUGCAGUCAGAUCCUGUCAUUAAGAAAGUCUGAAAAGUAGUUUUCUCUAUUUGCAGAAACAGUGAUUAGUAAUAGUGCCAAAUCUAAAUAUCUGUCUUGGUCAGUAUAAAGAUACUAAAAUAGGCAGCCUCAUAUAUUAUGAAAUUAUGAUACAGCUUUUUCUUGUUUCAGUGUCACGGAAUGCACCAAUUUUUUGGAUCACAGGAUUUCAUAGGCUUUUUAAGGGAUAGGCUGGUGAAGGUGAUCAGGAAAUGACUUUAGAAUGGGUAGUUUAAAAUAUAAAGAACCUUGGUUUUGUGUUUGAUUGUUCAUGAAUAAAAAUUUUAUGAGAAAAUCCAAUUUUGUACUGCUAGAAUUCAUUGCAGAGUAGGUAUGCAUGAUAGAUAAAAGUGGCAAGAAUAAAGUAAGAAAUGAGAAUAUGGAUGAGUUAGAAGAACCUGCUUAAUCUCUAUUAUAUCUGAUAUAAAUCUUUUCUGGGGCUGCGUAGGAAUACAUUUCUAGGGUGGUAAGUUAUAAUAAGAAACUGUCUAUAAAACUACUGUAAGCUCAUAUGUAAUAGUUUGUUAUAUAAAAGUGGGGAAAUAAAUUACAGACAAAUUGCCAAGCAAUAAAAUUGAUUAACAUUUGAUUAAAAACAUUCACAGUAAAAAUGGCAUCCACAUAUUUUACAUAUGAUAGAAGAACUAAGAUUUUGGUGAAAGAUCUGCAAUAAAAUAAUAAAUAAAAGUAAAUGUACACCAGAAAUGUUAUAUUACACUCUGAAAAAUAAUUUCUCUGUUUAGACUUUGUAGUCAAGUUUUUUGCACUGUGCUCGAUUUUAUGGAUGGAACAGAAUUAAAGUCAAAAACAUUUGGAAAUCAGCUUUCAGCCUGGUGUUUUAAAGCAAUCAGAGGUCAAAUGUAACCACAAAUCAAAAUAAAUUUUGAAGAGGCUUUAGUAACUAACAAACACAGGAGGUGGUUUACACCAGCUCUUUUC